UCGUGCAACUCGAAGCGUCCCCUAGCGAAAUAACGGGUCAUUAACAUGGAAGUAGGAGGCAAGUCAUCUGCCAAAAAAAUGUAAACAUUGUAGUUUUUUCAGCAAUUUUGGGAUCAUGUGAGCUGAGUUGAGCAAGAAAAUAAACAAACAUGAAGCCGACAAUAGAUUUUAAAGAGUGCCUGAAAGAUUCUCCGAAAUUUCGGGCCUCCUUGGAGUCUGCAGAAAAUGACAUUGAUGUCCUAGAAGCCAGACUAGAAAGACUUGUGAAAUUAUGUUCGUUGAUGAUAGAGACCGGGAAAUCAUUCAAACGUGCCAGUAGUGAUUUUGUUACUGGUGUGCGAGAUUUGGCAGCAUAUUUUAAAGAUGACAGCAUGAUGUCGGAUGAUACAAUGGUAUCAAACUGUUUGAAUAAAUUUGCCCAUGAAAUGGGAGAGAUGCUAAAGUUCUUUAAUAUUUUAAUGGACCAAGCUAAUAGAUCUGUUUGUAAAAAUCUCAACAAUUUUGUGAAGCAAGACAUAAAACAAGUAAAGGACUCCCAGAAAGACUUUGAGAAGGCCAGUACAGAGUUAGACAAUGCCAUCAAUAGGAACGCCAGCAUACCACGGACAAAACCACAGGAAUGUGAAGAAGCUGCCACCAUGCUGAAGGCAAAGAAGUCCUGUUUUGCUCACACAGCUGUAGACCAUGUAUUUCAGAUUAACAUAUUAAAUUCAAAGAAAAGAUAUGAAAUUUUAGAAACAAUGUUGUCAUUUAUGCGUGCUCAAAGCACAUUCUUUCAUCAAGGUCAUGACUUAUUUCAGGAGUUUGAACCAGAGAUGAAAAAUGUCGCCUCCCAGGUGGAUGUUCUUAGUGCCAAAGCUAGUCAAGAGAAGAAAGAAAUGGAGGAGAGGCAUUCACUGGUGCAAAAUAAGGACCCUUCAGAUGUAGAAAAAGAGGGUUCACCAAUGGAGGGUUAUUUGCUCAAGAGGACCAGUAAAGGCUUUAAAUCCUGGGUCAGGAGGUGGUUCAGUAUAGAGAAUAGUCAGUUAUUAUACAUGAAGCGGGGAUCACGAGAAUACUCAAUAAUGGAGGAGGACAUCAGACUAUGUACAGUCAAACUGGUGUAUGAGACAGAUCGAAGGUUCUGUUUUGAGGUGCUUUCUCCCACAAGAUCUCACAUGUUACAAGCUGAAUCUGAUCAGAACCUUCAGUUUUGGCUAAACAAUAUCCAGACAGCCAUUACAAAGGCCUACAAAGCUAUGGAACAUAGGAGUCACUCGCUGGACACAGAUGAGCCAGUUCAGGGGAAUUCUUCUGCUCCUUCUAGUCCAAAUAUGACAUCCACCCCUGACUCUCAGCAAAGACAGCCCAGCAAAGCUCAACAAAGGAUGGACCAGUUAACUGCUAUCCCAGGAAACAGCCAUUGUUGUGACUGUGGGUCACCAGAACCACGGUGGGCCUCCAUCAAUCUCGGGGCCACUUUAUGUAUCGAGUGCUCAGGCAUCCAUAGGAGUUUUGGUGUUCACAUGUCAAAAGUGCGCUCCAUUACCCUAGAUUCAUGGGAUCCAGAGCUCCUGAAAGUCAUGGCAGAAUUAGGGAAUGAUAAUGUAAACAGAAUCUAUGAAGCUAAUUUGAAUGAUGCAGUGGCAGUAAAGGCCACACCCGAAUGUAAUAGAUCAAUCCGAGAAUCAUUUAUACGUGCAAAAUACUUAGACAAGGCAUUUGUAAGCAAAUUACCAGGACCAAAAUCCUCAAAUAAGGUUAAAGGUUGGAGUGUCAGGCGGAAACCAAAACGGUCACCCUCGCGAGAUGUUGCAAACUCUCACGAUAACUCGGAGGAGGAGUCUGAUCUCACCAGUGGAAUCAUGGAAGCCCCUGUAGAGGGAGCUGUUUUAUCUGUAUCCAAUAACAGUGGCCGAGAUACUGACAGUGGGCUGGGUGUCAGUGCUGACGUUAUUGUGUUUGGAAAGGAUAUAGAAAAUAUUGGAAGAAGCAUUGAACUCGAGAGUUCAGAAGGUUCAGAUUUAGAAGAUGGAGAUGACACAACUUCUACUACUUCAUGGGAGGACAUGAGUAAACUGGAUCCUAAUCUGCUGUUGUACAAGGCAGUUCAGGCCCGCAAUCUCCCGGUCAUGUUAGAGGCCCUGGCCAACAAAGCAGACCCUAACUGGGUCAACCAGGAUGAGGAGGGAAAGACACCCCUUAUGAAAGCUGUAGACACUGGUUCGUUAACAAUAACUGAGUUUCUGCUGUUGAAUGGUGCUAAAGUUGAUCGCAAAGACAAGCUAGGGAGAACCCCUCUGCACCAUGCCACCAUCAAAGGACACACAGGACAAGUGUGUCAAUUCCUUAAGAGAGGAGCAGAUUUACAUGCUAAAGAUGGCAGUGGACAGGACCCUCUAGAGAUAGCAGUCAGUGCUGCCAAUGCUGAUAUUGUAACAUUAUUGAGAUUAGCAAAGUUGAAUGAGGACAUGAAAGAGGAUGGGGGAAAUCCAGGAGAUGAAACAUUUAAUGAUGUAUUCAAAGACUUCACCCAUAUGGCAUCGGAAAAUCCAGAGAAAUUAAAGCGCAAGGAUAACGUAGAGUAACAAGACUUGUACAACCCCCUACUGACCAGUAUGGGGAUAAUUACCACCCUCCCUGACCAUCCUGUGGGGCAGCAACAGUCCAUAUUGUGUUCUGUUUACAUUUCCAGCAGUUAGAAACAUCUCUGUUAUUGUAUAUCGCCAUUUGUUAUUGACAAAUCUUAAGAGAUGAUAUUUGCAUUGCUUACCGGUAUAUCUCUUUUUUAUAUUAAAGAUGUACAUAUUUUUCAGCAUAUAUUUAUUGCUAGCUAUGCUUAAAGGGCUUCUUGCUUCUUUCCUUGCAUAAGUUCCGUAACACAGUUGAACAAAUGUAAUACAUUGUACAUGCUGCAUUUUUGUUUUGUGUUUGUUUUUUAUUUUAGUCUCUACAGGAAAUGUCUUAUUUUGAGAUGAGCUACAUACAUGUAUACCUUUAAUCAUUAUCAAUCAGAUAUCUGUAUAACAGUUUUUGUUUUCUAUAGGUUUUAUGAAUGUUUGUCAGUUUGCCUUGGCAUUCAUGUAAGAAAAUGUGUAUUAUUAUUUUUGUUAAACAUAUUAUUUCACUCAUUUGUAUAACAUAUAAAAUGCAGAAUUCUUCAGAAAUUUGCAGAUACCACACUCCAGCAUUUACCUGUAUAAUACUAUUUCAGUAACAAAAUGUAUUACCCUCCAAAAAUAGUGGGGUGUCUACAUUUGUAUCCCUUAACCAUCAUAAUGAAUCAAUUUUUUUUUUAUAUAUACAUUUUUAUAGGAUAUUGUAUUAAAGUAUGUGGUGCAUUAUGUACAAUCGACGGUGUCUCAGACUUCUGUUUUUUUUUUUUUGUAUUUCUUUCUGAUCAGUUUUACCAUGAGAAAAUUCCUGGUUAUUUGUAGAAUACCCUAACCAGCUUUUUCUGAUCAAAUUUUCUAUUAUACAUCUGUUUGUCAUCUGUCUGUUAACCUUUCACAUUUUGGAUUUCUCCAGACUCGCUGGCCAUUUUUUUUUUUUUUUUGUUUUAGAAAAUAUUACUCAAAACACCCAUGGGGACCUCUUUCCAAGGGAAGAUAAAUAAUUAAUAGUAGAGACAGGAUGGUGUCAUUUUAAAUUCAUCUUCUAAAGAGCCAAUCCAAAAAAAAAAAAAAAAAAAUUAAACCACCCUUAAAGAGUUUAAAUUCAUGUUUUUAAAAAUCAUGGCUGGAACUAGGAUGUGCCAAAAUAGGAAAACUUUUUUCUUGUGAAGAACUGAAUAGCUGCAGCUAUUACAAUCAUCAUACAAUCAUCCUUGAUAGUUUUUAUAAUACAGAUUCAAAUUUACUCAAAUUAUGGUCCCCAAGAUUAGGGUUUGUCCUUAAUACAGGGGCAAAGUUUUACAAGGAAAUAUAUACACAUGUAUGUAAUUUCUUGUUGUUGAGAUUAAUUUUGGGGCAGUUAUUAUAAAUAUAGAAAUAUAAAAUAAAAAGAAUCUUGAAAUAGAUACAGCAAUUAAUUAAAUAAUCAUCAACUGAUAUCGUCAUGUUCUUCUAGUAUCAUAAUCCUCAGGACAAGUGUGGGGUUACCAUGGCUACAGUAAGGGGUCAAAGAUUUGCACAGAAAUAUGUAGACUUCCAGUAAAGCAACAAAAUUACAGUGUAAAAUUUUUAUAUCAAGCUUCAGUAUACUGUGAUUGGAAAUUGUAGGUCGGGGACUGUAAGAGUAUGUCCACUUUAGUGGGUUUCAGUUACGUAUUAUUUGUCAGAGAGAGAAAUAUGGCUCAGGUGAGCAUAGUGGCAUCUGGGUCUCUAGUUGCUAACCUUCCUUGUUGAUGUGCAAUAUAUAGAUACACUGACUUAUCCGUGUGUGUACUAGUGAUAUGUGAGUCCCAGAGACUUGGAGAAUUUGUAUGUGUGUGUGAAAACAGAUCUUAUUUUUCCAUUUAGAAGUGCCAUGAUAUUUAUAGGAGCACAGGUACUAGGGCAAUGUAGAUGAUAUCAUAUCAGUGCACAUGUUCUGUCAUUUCUACAAGUUUUUACAAUUUUUUUAUUUCUUACUGUUGUGUAGAAACUAGAAAGGAUGCUGUACAUUAAAAUUACUUGUAGAUUUUUCCCCACAAAGCUGAUAUAAGUUAAACCAAGAAAGUAAUCUAAACUCACAAAUAAUGAAGAGUUUUAUAUCAGUUAUACCAGAAAAAAAAAAUGGAAUUGGCUGUUGAUUAUUUUAGGCCAUAUAAACUCCUGAAGGUAGAAAUUUAAGAAUUAACUGAAAUUGGCUUUUAUUUUGGAAUUGAAUAUGGAAUUGGUAGAUUAAUUAAAUAAUUUACAGUUCAGUACAAUAUAUAAGGUGUGUCUCAUCGGCUUUAGUGGAAUCAACUUUCCUGUUGAAAUAAUAAUGGUCAAUAAUAGUGCAGUUACCGUAGCUUUACAUUUACAACAUAUGCCAUGAUAAAUGUCAGUUUGUUUUUGUUCAAAUCUAAUUUAUUUUAUAUAACACAUUUCCUAGAACAAUUUUAGCUCAAGACUGCUUUUCAAUACUUUAUUGACUUUGGUAUGAUGAAGAAAAGUGGAAUGAUGUCAAAUUACUCCACAUAUUAAGGUUUUUUGCAUUGAAAAAAGGUUAUUGCUCAUCCAGUUUGUGAUGGUAGUAAAUGGAGAUUUGUGUGUGUGUCUAGAUCUGUUUCUUAGUGGUGUGUUACUUUUCUACAAAUGUCUAGUCAUUUAAUUAGCUUCGCUGAUAUCACAAAGUGUAUGUCACACAUUUCCCUCUCUUUGAAACAAAUAAACCAUAUAAGCUUCCAAAA